UGUACUCUGCCAAGCAUGAUGUCCUUCUCCAGGGACACAUCCCUCCUGAAAACAUGUCCAAAGUAUGUAAGAAGCAGUCUCACCGUCCUUGCCUCUAAGGAGCAUUGUGGCCGCACUUCUUCCAAGACAGGUUCUGGCCACCUGGAUCUCAGCACUAUGUCCAGCAGGUAUCUGCUCCUCAUCUCAGGUCUCAGCAUCCUGCUGGCACUAUCAGGAGGAGACGCUCCAAUUUCUUAUGUACAAGUGUGUGGAGUCGUGGGUCAGCCUGUCACCCUACCCUGCACGUACUCAGGAGUGCUCACGUCCAUGUGUUGGGGCCGAGGGACUUGUCCUGUUCAUAGGUGCACGGAAGGAAUUAUCUGGACUAAUGGAUCCCAUGUCACCUUUCAGAAGGACUACCGUUAUAAGCUAAAGGGACCCCUUUCGACAAGGAAUGUGUCUUUGACUAUAGAGAACGCAGUCAAGCCGGAUAGUGGCCUGUACUGUUGUUCUAUUCAGCACGGGGGUUGGUUUAACGAUCAGAAACACAUCAUAUCAUUGGAGAUUAAAGAGCACAAAGGUAUGACGACCCAGCCACCGGUGGAUGUUUGUAUGAGUGAGGAUGCAGCCCAGACUUGGAUACAGUUGAAAAAUACAUGGAAAAAUGGGACCAAAAAGGACAUUGCAAAAGUGGCUACCCAACUAAUUCAGGAGGUGGAAUUAAGUAUAUGGAAUCGGACUUCCAUUUCUCCAGGAAAGUAUGAGGAUCCUGUGCUUGAUAUAGUCUAUGAAACGAAGAGGUGCAAUAAGCCAAGCAAGGAAACAAUUUUGGAAGCUGGAAAUAACACAAUGGAUAUUGACUGUGCCCAUGCUUUCACAGAAACCACAACAGAUCAGAGUGCUGUUGCAUUGAUCACCUAUCGCGCUCUUGGGGAUAUUCUCAAUGAAAACUAUUUUAGUGACAGAAAAGGACUGCAAGAAGUGAAACUGAACUCUCUUGUCGUGAGUGGCACCAUUGGCUCGAAGGAAAAAAUUGCCCUGUCCAAACCUGUCCUCCUGACCUUUAAACAUACUCAGCCGGUUGGUGAAAGAACAAAACAAUUCUGUGUCUACUGGGAAGGAUCGAAGGAGGGGGGCAGCUGGUCAAGGGAAGGCUGCUCUCGUAUCGGAAGCAACGACUCUCACACCAUAUGCCAGUGCUUCCAUCUGUCCAGCUUUGCUGUCCUCAUGGCUCUUAUGCCCAAGGCAGAUCCGGCGCUGACUCUGAUUACCUAUGUGGGGCUGAGCCUCUCUCUGCUGUGCCUCUUCCUGGCAGCCCUCACCUUCCUCCUGUGCCGUCCCAUCCAGAACACCAGCACCUCACUCCACCUGCAGCUCUCGCUCUGCCUCUUCUUGGCCCACCUACUCUUCCUCGUGGGGAUUGAUAAAACUGAGUCUGAGGUGCUGUGCUCCAUUAUCGCUGGGGUCCUGCACUACCUCUACCUUGCCGCCUUCACCUGGAUGUUCCUGGAAGGCCUGUACCUCUUCCUCACCGUCAGUAACCUCAAGGUGGCCAACUACUCCAGCGCAGACAGAUUCAAGAAGAAGUUUACGUACCCUUUUGGCUAUGGGAUCCCAGCUGUGAUCGUGGCUGUGUCUGCAGGUGUUGGACACAAAAAUUAUGGAACAAAUACUCAUUGCUGGCUGAAGCUUGAUAAAGGCUUUAUCUGGAGCUUCUUGGGACCAGUGGCCAUCAUUAUCUUGAUAAACUUGGUGUUCUACUUCCUAAUUCUGUGGAUUUUGAAAAGCAAACUUUCUUCCCUCAAUAAGGAGGUUUCCACCAUUCAGGAUACCAGAGUCAUGACAUUUAAAGCCAUUGCUCAGCUAUUUAUCCUGGGCUGUUCUUGGGGCCUUGGUUUUUUUAUGGUUGAAGCAGUAGGGAAGACGGCUGGAUUAGUCAUUGCCUACAUAUUCACCAUCAUCAAUGUCCUGCAGGGAGUUUUGCUCUUCACGGUGUACUGUGUCCUUAGUCGCCAGGUUCGAAGGGAAUACAAGAAAUGGUUUACUGCAAAGUGGAAAGGAGUUGAAGUGGAAAGCACUGAGAUGUCUCGGUCUACUACCCACACCAAAAUGGAGACUCCGGAGAAGCCAUCAGAGUUUGUACAGAAAAAAGACACCAAAGACACUGUGUCCACCCAACCAGAGCCGCCAGCUGACCUUGCUGCUGUUUCCUGGCUAAAGACAAAGGAAUGAUCUGCUGAUCGAUGGAGCCCCUUGUGGUCACAUGUGGACUGGACACGUGCCACCGUGUAUAUCUCUUCCCUGUGAUGUGUUGACUCCUUCCCUUAUUUUGGUCUCUAUUGGUCUCUAGCUCCCUAGAAAGAAUGGGACACAUGGAGAAUUCUUAAAACCAGCAUCCUGUAGCAGAUCAUGAGCCAUUACCUGCUCAAGGGAUGGUUUUGUUUUUGUUGAUGUUUUGUUUCUGGUAUCUCAUUUUUUUAUUCUUGUUCAAAAUAUAAACAGUAAAACAAAACAUGCCAAUUCAACAAUUUCUACAAGCACAAUUCAGUGAUAUUGGUUACAUUCUUCAACUGUAAAACCGUUGUCACCCCCCUCUACCAAAUUGUUCCUCCUCAAUUAACAUAAACUCACUGCCACCUCAGCUUCCUACCUGACCUUCCAGUUGCUGUGGCCAAUUUGAUCCCAUAGACAUAAUUCUUUCAAAGAGCACAAUGUUCGAGGCAGACAUUAUUUACUAAAUAAGCUAAGUUAGUUGUUGUUUGGUUUACAGACUACUUCAGGAGAUAUUUUUGGUUUAGUGUUUAAAGAAUUAUUUCAGGGAAACGAUUUCAGGGGUUUGUCCAGCCUCAAUGGCUCCAGAAUGUCUGGAUUCCAUAAGAAUUUGAAAUUGUUCUGCAUUUUACCACUUUGAUCAGGAUUCUUCUAUAAAAUCUUUGAUCAAAAUGUUCGAUUACAGUAGCCGAGCACCAUCCACUUUCUUCUGGUCUCAUGGCAAAGGAGGUAGUUGUUGAUGGAGGCAAUUAGUCACACAUGCCAUUUCUUCCAUCUCUUCCUGACUCUUCUUUCUCAGCUGCUUCAGGUGAAUAGAGACCAAUAGUUGUGCCUUGGAUGGCUUGCAAGCUUUUAAGACCCCAGGCACUAUGCAAGGAGCCAGGAGGUAGAACAGAAGCACUAAAAACGACGUUAGGUCAAUUACCCAGGAUGUCUCAAGGGGUGCUUUUUAAUAAUGUGGGAAAUGGGGUUGAGUUUCUGACCCCUUGGCUAACACCUGGAUUUAGUUCACAGCACCCUCUCUUGCCUCCCCCUCUCCCCAUUCCUCUCCCUGACUUGUAUGGUGUUGCAUUUUAUGCCCCCAAAGACCUUUCAUAACUCAACGUUUGCCUAACUCAGUAUUCUCCAUAUGGACAAAUAUUAAAAGGGACGGUUGUAUUCUCGGAACACGAAAAUACACCAUCACUCACGCUUAGGGACACAUCGUGGAUGGGAGGGUGCUUGUAGCCAGGCGACCAGCACUGUUCCCUUUUUUUUUGCCUGAUGACAUGUUCAAACCUAAAUGUAAGCCUAGGUUAAAGAUAGUUUUCUUUUCUUGAGUAUUUCCAGCAAAAAUGCUCCAAACAACGUGGCGUAUCACAGUGGUGGUUUGGCCUUAUUUGUUUUAUCACUUUCAAUUUCUUGUCCAAAGUUACUGAUUUUUCGGUGUGUUUCUCAGCACUGCAGUUAACAAAUGCAUGAUGACUUGGUUAUCAAAAGGUUUUUUAAAAAUAUUUAAAAUUCUAAUAAUAGUAAAUGUUAAAACUGAAGUCGCUGGAUGGUGCAAAUGGUGAAGAGGCUCAGUUACUAACCAAAAGGUUGGAGGCUCCAGUCCACCCAGAGGAGCCUUGGAAGAAAGGCCUGGCAAUCUUCUUCUGAAAAUUCAGCCUAUAGAGGACAGUUCUGCUCUGACACACAUGGGGUCGCCAUGAGUCAGAAUCGACGCAGUAGCAACUGGACUGGGAAUCUAAUAUCAGGGAAUAAGCAGAGAAGACUUCCUCAAAGAAACAGAAUAGGAUACCAUAGAAGAUACAGAUCUUGGGGUCAGCAUAUUGGAAUAUCCAGUCCCACAGCUACAGAACUUAUGCUGUGUGACUUUGAGCUAGUGGCUUCACAUCUCUGAGCUUCAGUUUCCUGAUCUACUAAAUAAAGCUAAUAACUCAAUGGGCGAUCUCCAUUUGCCUUCAGGAGCCACACUUCCCCCUUCUCCACCCUGAACUGUGCCCCAGAAAGCUGGUCUGGAUGCACCAGAACCCCAGAAGGGGUUUGAAUGGGCAUGGUCAAUGGAGUGCACUGGCAAGAGAUUGAAAGGAGGAAGGAAAGUGAAGUGGGGAUAUUUCUUUCCCCAGCUCCCUCCUCAUGAGCCCGUGGGUUGGUUGUUUUUCUCCACCCAAAGUCUCCUACAGUUUUCUCCAGGUCUUUGGUAACCUCGGAAACCCUGGUGGCAUAGUGGUUAAGUGCUAUAGCUGUGAACCAAAGGGUCGGCAGUUUGAAUCUGCCAGGCGCUCCUUGGGAACGCUAUGGGGCGGUUCUACUCUGUCCUAUAGGGUGGCUAUGAGUCAGAAUCAAAUCGACGGCACUGGGUUUGUUUUCUUUGGUUUUGGUAACCUCCGUCUCCCUUUACCUCUCACAGGCCUGGAGGUUGUUAUCAGCUCUCCACAUUACUACCCCUCGGGUGCUCCAUUAUCCCUUGUUAUUUUGCCCUAAACUUGCCUUCACCUUUGUAAUAAAUCCUUCAAGAAACUCACCUC